AAUGAGCUCACCUGGUAUCCCACUUGCCCCAUCCCUCCUCCGCAAGAACUUGUACAGCGACUCAAAUGUGAAGUUUAUUGACACCUUCGAUGUGGUCCAAGGAGACAAUGCUGGGUGCUUGGAGAUUUGGACGUUCAACGACAAUUCGUCGCAGUGGGAGCCAUUUCGCCUCUACAGGAAAAUUGGCAAAAUUCGAGCUGUAGCCUGGGAUGUCUCUAAGCCAGCCACACUCUAUUUUGGGUCAGAAAGAGGCCUGUUAUAUAGGGUUUCUAUCAAUCCGGAGGGGGACGAUGCGAUUGUUUCCGCAAAGCUUGAGGGUUUCAUUCAUGCGAUAAGAGUCAGUCCGGACAGAGGACAGGUCAUCGUCGCAUACGGUGACAAAAUUUCACUGUACAGCGACCCCUUUGCACAUGACAACAAGCUUGGGGUGGAGAACCCUCUCAAUGUUCAAAUUUACAGCAAGAAGAAUGUGAAGGUAAUCCCGCGUAUUCGAAGUAUUGACUUCGCAGACGAGAGAAUUGUUCUGCUAUCUUUCUUCGGAACUGCAGGAUACGCGCCUUCUCUUGCUUCACCUAUGGGCCUCUUUGGGAUAUGGAAAUGGCGCCCGAGAGCUUGUAGGGUCGGAUCUUGUGCAAUGUCGCCGUCUGGAGAUAGAAUGGCCUCCACGAAUCUCAAGAAUGGCAUCGAUUGGUUCAACGUGUCCCAUAAAAAAUACCUCAUGACUAUGAAAUUCAGAGUUGCGAGACCCGGAGAGAAGAACCAGAUCGUCGGCAUUGCCUUCAUCGAUGAGGACACCGUUGUUGUUGGCCAUAUGAACAGUGCCUUUUACUUCGCCUCCAUCGGCAUAGACUAUGCUCAUUGUAGCUUUGAUUGUGGCAAAGCUGCAUUGCACACAGUGGAUGACCUCGGUGAAGACCUGGCGUCAUCAAGAAUGACGAAAUGGCGCAGGUUCUUCGAGCGCAACCUUCUAUUGACCGUCGCUACCAGCUCCUUGUCUCUAUCUUA